UGACAACCCUGGGGCCCCGUGAGAAAAACAGCAUUGUUAGCGAAUUCUGCUUAUGUAUCAUAAUCUAAAUGCUUAGUGAAAUAGUGCUCAAAAACAAUUUUUUAAGUUAAACCUUUUGUUUAUAGCUCUAAUUGUGAAAAAAUCUGUGAAAGCGCGAGAAAGAGAGAUAAAAAGAAUGAGUUUCCUGGAAAUUAUUGGUGUUCUUGUACUUCUUUAUAAUUUAUUGUAUCUGAUUAUUCCCAUGUUUUUGGAUUGUGAUAUGAGAUUAUUUUUGAAAGAAAAAUUGGGAAAACCGGCAGAUUCUUUGGCGGGUAAAGUGGUUUGGAUCAUUGGAGCUUCCAGCGGAAUUGGAGAGAAUACUGCCUACGCAUUGGCAAAUUCAGGUUGCAAAUUGAUUCUUUCAGCCAGACGAACUGAUUUAUUGGAAACAGUCAAGAAAAAUUGUCUCGCAGGGAGCAAUAAAAAAUUGACUGAAAAGGACAUUUUUGUUCUUCCUUUUGAUAUUCUUGACUUGAAUGCCCAUAAAAAAAUGUUCGACACGGUUCUGCAAGAAUUCGGCAAGUUGGACAUUCUUGUUCAUAAUACCGGACGAAGUCAACGAGCAAAUUGGGAGAAUAUUGACAUAAAUGUUGACAAGGAAGCAUUUGAUUUGAAUGUUUUUUCAAUUGUCAAUUUAACUCGUGUUGUUUUGAAAUAUUUUCUUCAACAAGGAAAGGGACAUGUUGCAGUCAAUUCCAGCAUCGCAGGAAUUAUGGGCGUUCCUUUUUCUGCAUCCUACACCGGCUCCAAACACGCUUUACAUGGCUACUUUGAAUGUUUGAGAACUGAAAAAUCCGUCUCGAAUAUUAAAGUCACCAUGAUAGUUCCCGGACCAAUACAAACUGAUUUUUUGACUGAAAGUUUUACUGACACUAUCGGCGAGAAAUUUGGUGAGAAGACUCCUGUAUCAUCGAGUAAAUUAUCUCCAAAACGCUGUGGAGAAUUAAUUGCGAUCGCUUUGGCUAAUGAAUUAAGCGAAGUUUGGAUUUCAUUGUCACCGCCUUUGUUUCUCUCGUACUUGAAAUUCUAUCCCAACUUGGCAGGAAUGAUCUACAAACUAUUGGGUCCCAGUUUCCACCAACGAAUGCGAGACAGCAAAACUACUGUUAAUCAGUAAAACUCACGAAUAAUUAUUUCUCUUAGAGAAAAUGCAAUACUCAAGUACAUUUAUUCUACUUAAGUAAUUUCGUAAUAAAUCAUUUAAUGAAGUA